CCAAGGAAAGACACCUGGCUACCUCUCUCUCUCUCUCUUCGAAAUUUUGUUUUCGUCUUUUUUCCUUUCUGUGAAUAUCAAACGUGAAGCAAGCCACACAAUAUGGAAUCCAGUGUCAAGCAAGACACGUACACUUGUCAUUCACCAUACAAAAGCACAUUAGAGUGACGUGGAAACUAACACCCCAUCCAUUCUCCUUGCCUUUAUUCCCACACAUAAAGCUCCAUGUAAUCUUCAACAGGAGGAACCAACAACCAGAGGAAGAGGAGGAAGGAAGAAGAAGCAAAGGAAGAAGACAAAGAAGCAGCUGCUACCCGGCUUAAUUACCCGUUUCUCCUUUCAUGGCUGAAGAAGAAACCAACUCAGUGGAUCGACAGACUUCGAGUGAACACCCCAACCAUCCAAUUGGUGUGUCAGUUGCACCAGAGCGCAAGAAGCCCAAGCACCACCAGCCCUGCGAGGAUCAAGUUGUUGAACCACACAACCCCUUUGAUGCCGAGCAAGCCGAAUCACAAAGACAGUCUCCAGUCAACGAUGAAACUGAAUUACAGGCUGGAUCUUCUUGUGCAGUGGGGGAUGUCUCAAAAGAACCCAUCAAAACGGAGGCCUUGGCCUCAUCGGAGGAUAGCGGACGCGAGAGGCUGAAGAGGCACCGAGUUGAGGUGGCGGGCAGCGUGGGGAUUCCGGAUAUGUGGGGACAGGAGGAGCUGAUGAAGGACUGGGUUGACUGCUCCGUCUUCGAUGCUUCAUUAGUGACUAGUAGAAUAAUGUCAGCUCGAGCAGCGCUGGUGGCCGAGGGAAGAAGACCUAGUCCAAGCGGACUGAGGAUAGAGAAUAGAUGUAAGAUUUAUUCCUAGUUUAAGUGUAAGUUUAGCUUCCUUUUUCAUUUUUUUUUUUCCUUUUCAUCACAAUAACCUGCCCAUUUCUGAGCUUUAUCCUUAUCUCCAUGUUUGUUUUGUUGAUACUAAACAAAAAAAAAUACAAAUAAAUAUACGUUAUGUGUAUGAUUUGUUUUCGAGUUA